AUGCCUGCCAAACGGAAUGUCCUGCUCGUCAUUGCAGAUGAUCUUGGGAAAACCCUGGGAUGUUAUGGAGACACGACCAUCCGCACGCCAAAUAUAGAUAGUCUUGCCGAACAAGGGACUGUCUUCGACAACGCUUUUGCAAGCACCGCAUCCUGCAGUGGCAGCCGCUCUGUCAUCUAUACCGGACUGCACACACAUCAGAAUGGACAGUACGGGCUGAGUCACUAUACACACCAUUUUAUGACGUUUGAUCAUGUGGAAACAGCACCGAAGCUCUUGCGAGACCACGGCUAUCUGACAGGCAUAAUCGGCAAGAUUCAUGUUGGGCCUAUGUCCAUCUACCCAUGGGAGAUAGUUGAUGAAAGCCCAACGCGUGAUGUCAACUGGGUAGCUGGGCGGGCUGAAGCGUUUUUCAAGAGUGCUUCAGAAGACGGGCGGCCAUUCUUCCUCACAGUGGGAUACAUGGACCCGCAUCGUGACCAUACUCGUGGAGGAUUCGGCAAUGGAGAUGAGGCCGUAUCAGCGGAGGAUCCGCUGUAUGAUAGUAAUAAUGUUGCUGUGCCGACUUUCUUAAGUGACAUUCCAGAGGUCCGCGAAGAACUUGCAGAGUAUUAUCGAUCUAUUGCCCGAGUUGAUAGAGGCUUUGGUUUGAUCAUGCAACACUUGAAGCAAAGCGGACAUGACCAGGACACUCUUGUCAUGUUCAUGAGUGACAAUGGACCACCCUUUUUAAAUUCCAAAACAACCUUAUAUGAUGCCGGCGUACGCUUGCCAUUUAUUGUCCGUCAGCCCGGAGUCAUGACACCAGAUCUUAAUCCGAACAUGGUGUCCUAUAUCGAUAUUCUGCCAACCAUCCUAGACUGGGCCGGAUACCAGCCAUCAUCAGACACAGAGAACAAGUCUCCUACACGGUGCGGUAAAUCCUUUCUACCGAUCAUGACGAAGACAUUGCUUGAUGACGAAUGGGCCAAGGUGUUUGGUUCGCACACUUUCCACGAAAUCACAAAUUACUACCCGACUCGCUUCAUCCGGACGACCAGGUACAAGUACCACCGCAACAUUGCCUGGAAACUGGACUUCCCUUUCUCAACAGAUCUCUAUGCUUCGUUGUCAUGGGAGGGCAUGAGGAACGUUGACGGACCGGUCAAGAUUGGAUGGCGCACGCUAGAGUCAUACAUUAACCGCCCUGCCGAAGAACUCUUCGACAUGGAAAAGGAUCCAAGAGAGGUGAAUAACGUUGCGGGUGACGCGGCGUAUGCAGAUGUCCUUUCACAGAUGAGGAAAGAUAUGGAGGCUUGGCAACGAGAGACAAGAGACCCGUGGCUCUUUCGGGAUGGCGUGUCGUUGCUAGAAAUGCAAGGUCAUUUGGAUGCAGGACUCAGAAUCCCCGACCGUUUCGACUUUGACGUUGCAGCACCGAGAUCUAAGUGA